CUAUUAUCCACCAUUCACUUGUUCAUGUCAAAAAAAACUUUCUUUCAAUCAAAUAGUUGAAAAAAAUAUAUAUCAGAUUGAAAUUUCAGCUAUUUUCCUAAAGAUGUUAGAAAUGCAGGAAAGCAAAGCAAAAAGUACAAAACCAAUUAAAACUAAAGCAACAAAAUCUACAAAUAAAUCUAAAAAACCGACGCCGAAAGCAAAUCAUCCCCCAGUAGCUGUGAUGGUAAAAAAAGCAGUGGAGACUCUGAGUAGCAAGAAGGGUUGUUCAGUGGUGGCAAUUAAAAAGUAUCUUGCUGCUAACUACAUGGUCGAUCCAGAUAAAUUAAUCGUUUUCAUUAAGAAAUUUCUGGGAAAAGCGGUUGAAAACAAAGUUUUUAUACAAACUACAGGUAAAGGCUGUACUGGAUCGUUUAAACUAGCUAGAGAACCGAGUAAAAUUAAAAAACCUGCAAAGUCCCAUGUAACGGCUCGUGGCACCAAGAAGCAAACUGUACAAAAGCUCGCUGAAAAAGUCAAGAAAUCGUCAAGCAAAAGCAAGACGCCAACUUCAAAGCAGACGUCCAAAAACGAUGCUAAGAACGUGCAGGGACAUAAGCGCACUACUGUCUUAUCCAAAGACAAGCAUAAUUAGUUAUCAGUUUUAUUUAUUUACAUUUUUAUAGACUUUUUACUGAUUGAAUAGAAUAAAAAAGUGUUAUACUAUUUACUUUAUAAUUACUGCUUGAUGUAUCAGAACUCUAACUAAACAAUUUUUUAAGAAUAUUUAGAUAUUUAUGUAAUUAUAUAUACUUUUUUUACACCUAAUAAACAUGCUUUAGUCGAUCAGCAAA